AUGGCAAGAACCAAACAAGCGAUAAAACUUGCCACGUCAAAAUUCAAUUACCUUCGGCAAUUUCUGUCAGUCAAAAGACAACAAUUUAAAAAUGAAUUAAGAACAGGUGGCAUUAAAAAAGUAAAAAGAUUUAGGCCAGGAAAUAGUGUUCUUUCGGAAAUAAGAAAAUUUCAGAGAACCACUGAACUUCUGAUUCCAAAAGUGGCAUUCCAACGACUUGUAAAAGAAAUUUCUCAUGGCCUUAAUGCAGAAAUAAGAUUUCAAUCGGCUGCAUUGAUGGCGUUACAUGAAGCAGCAGAAACAUAUAUGACUUCAUUGUUUAAAGAUGCAAACCUUUGUACAGUUCAUGCAAAAAGAGCAACUAUAAUGUCAAAGGAUAUUCAGUUAGCGUUACGGAUAAGAGGUGAAAGACACUAUGUGCAUUAAUAAAGAAUAUGUGACAAAAAGACUGCAAGCUGUGAUAUAUAUAACAAGCGUUUAGUAUACUUUUAUCAGUAUGACAUUAAUUAUGUAUUAAUCUAUACUUUUA